CUAGUAAAUGUAUAAAUAAAUGCAUAUACGCAUAGAGAUGUCAUUUUUUUCAACACACGACUGUUGUGAACAUAUGAUUUGGUGAGUACGCAAGCCAUCUUUUCACGUUGUGUUUGACUUUUGUGUUGACGGUAUUAAGAGCAGAUAAGUGAUGGACAAUAAACAAUUUAUUUCUGUGAAUGAAUUGAACACUUUAAACAUUUGCCUAUUAUGUCUGGAGACGAACGACAAUUUGGUGGAGAUAUUCGGAAAGAAGGGAAUUGAGUUGAAUAUCGCAGUUAUUCUACAAAAACACUUUUGGUUUGAACUCAGCUCUACCAGUACAUCAGAUGAAAAGAAUAUUUGUGGAGGUUGUUGGAAAAAUGUGGAAACUUUCCACCACUUCUAUGAUUUCGUCAAGUCAACACACGAAGAAAGAUGUGUCCGCGAAAUAAAAUCAAUUGAUGUAGAUGCACAGAUUGAAAUGGUUGAUAUUAUUAAAGCUGAUCCGGAUGCCGACAUCAAAGAAGAUUUAAACGAGUCCUAUAAUAUCGCAUGUAGCACUGACACUGACCACUUUAAAUCUGAAGAAGACAGUGUUUCAAGUUCAGAUUCAUUAGAUAGAGAGAACAAACAACUUAAACGUAAAAAUGUAGCAUCUACAACGACCUCAGCAGAAACACUUACGAAGAAAUUCAAAACCGAUUCUCAUUCAUCACUUUUAUCUAAAUACUUCAACAUGGCCUGUGAUCUUUGCGAUGUAAUAUUGUCAUCAUAUAGGGAUACAAACCAGCACUACAAAGAAGUUCAUGAUCUCGACAAAGGAUAUCUGAUUUGCUGCAGCAAAAAAUUCUUCAGACUUCAACACAUGCUACAACAUUGUGAAUGGCACAAGAAUCCAGAUAGUUUCAAGUGUACCCAGUGCCCAAAGACAUUCAGUGACAAAUACAGACUACGCGAUCACUCAAACCUUUGUCACGCUCCAGAAAUCGACAAAGUAUUCAGUUGUGAUGGAUGCGAUAAAACAUUUUCAAAGCGACAUUAUCUCAGCGCUCAUCAGAGAAAGGGACACAACAAUGAAUCAACGGAGGAAAAACCCACCAGAAAACCUCGAAUUAAUUUCGACAAAGAAAACGAAAUGAUCCGGAAUCGCUUCCUAAUGCAGUGUGACUUGUGCACAGAACCGUAUGCGCUAUUCCGUGAUGCUCAACUACAUCACCUGAAAGUCCAUAAUCAGGCAGGAUACUUGUAUUGUUGUGACAGAAAAUUUUUCAAAAUGUACAAAGCGGUACAGCAUUGCAUCUGGCACGACGAUCCGGAGUCAUUCAAAUGUACAUUUUGUCAGAAAUGCUGCACAGAUAAAAUUAGUCUUCGUGACCACAUUCGUAACGUACAUUCGCCCGAAGACGAACGGCAAUUUCAGUGUGAUAUUUGCAAACGAUCCUUUGCUAAAAGCUACUUACUCAGGUCUCAUAUGAAAGUUAAUCACGUUAAGGACGAAGACAAGAAGUUCGAGUGUCACAUGUGCCGUUUUAGGUUUGUGAACGUUUCAUUUCUGAAAAGCCACAUAAAACGUGUCCAUCACAACAUUCAUUCACACAUAUGCGAACUGUGUGCGAAACCAUUCAAAUCUGGCAAGUCCUACGAAAAGCACUACAUCAACUUCCACACAAACAUUUCGCAGAAAGUGCAAUGCGAUGUGUGUGGAAAAUGGUUGAAGCACAAAGAUAGCUUGAAAAAGCAUAUCCUUUGGCACAACAGCAAAACAGAGACCUGUGGGGUAUGUGGCCGAGUGUCUAGUAACAUACGUGCACUUCGAGCUCAUAUACGAAGUGCACAUAGAGUGGCAUCACUGGAAUGUACAAUAUGCGGUAAGAUGUUCAAAAAACAGCAAGUGCUAAAGGAGCAUGUGGCUAUACACGCAGGCAUCACCGAUCUGUAUAAGUGUACGUUUUGCACGAAAACGUUCCGGUCAAAUGCGAAUAUGUACUCGCAUCGCAAGCGAGCACAUCCAGUCGAAUUGGAACGCAAGAAGGCCGGGGCAUCCGCCGGACCAUGACGGUUUGUAAUUGAUUGACGACAAUUUUUGUAAGCACAAGACGAAGGCGAUUAAAGGCGUUUGGGACGAAACGUUUAAAUUCAAUUUUCUGUCCAUAAA